CGUCGCACCUGCCGUUUGUUGCACUCGGGGAUGUCUGCAGGGACUAUGUCUGCACCUACAGAAGAUCAAGUUGCACAUGCACAGAGAGUUCGUGAGGAGACACACUUUUUCAGAGAUUGCCUGCUUGAAGGGCAGCUACUAAAAGGUGUUCCUCUAGCGUUUGGAAUUUUUACAUUUCUUGAAUAUCGAAAGAAAAUAGGACGUAGCAGCAGACAUUGGGCGAUCAAUGGGUUUGUUGGCGGGCUCGUUGGAAUACUUUUAGCCAGAAUAUCGAAUGUCUCUGAGUGCAGAAGAAAGACGUUGGAGCAGUUUCCUGAUGGCGACCUUGCCAAGCUUAUGCAAUACAGACCGAAAACUGAUCGAAAUCAAGUCCCAGGCUAUGAAUCCUCUCAGCCUUUGAGCCGAGUACAGAGGGAUGAUGAAUCGUCAUUCCCUGACCAUGAUGGUAAGUGUAUUGGGCCCUAA